ACUGUUAUUUGAAGGCGGUUGCGAGUUGCGACGGUCAUUUUGCAGUUUAGUGUUUACUGUUUAGUGAUCAUUCGUCCGUUCGUUGGGUGCGAUCGUUUCGUUCCUAUCCCGUGCCGCGAUACUCCCUCGAUCGUACAUCGUAUUUUCGUGUACAUUAUUCCGAUUUUGUGGCCCAAAUAAUCACAUACUUGCCCGUUGACUUUGCGUGCUGUGCACGGGCGUGAAUUCCGUUCUGCUCGUAACCGUAUAAUAUUAUCGACGUCUACGGCCAAACGAUAUUAUUAAAUCGCAUAUCAUAUCCAUAAUAUACACUACGCUUUAGACCCGACUCCACCAAUUUUUUUCCAUACACCCGAUAAACACGGAUAGCCGUCAUGAGUCUGACGUCGUAUCUAACGAUCGCCAAUGUCGCCGUGCACGUGCUCGGCACUAUCACGUUCGUCUUCUCCGUCUACUAUAAUUACGUUUACGUCAACAUACCCACGCACGUGAAUCCCAUCGACGACGCGUUCGGCGGUAAAUUCAAAUACCUCACGUUUUUGGACGGAUGUUUUCAAGCAUUGUUUUUCCUAUAUGCUUUGAUCGUGGAUGUUUUCCCGUUGAUUUUCCCUUCUAAAUCAUCGAUCUUGGAAACCUUAGUUCAAGUAAAAAGCUUUUUCUUCGCCAGCGUUGCUUUUCCAUUAAGUAUGUUUGUGUCUACGACCUUUUGGAGCUUGUGGUUUAUCGACCGUAGUUUGGUGAUGCCUAAAGAUAUAGACUUAUAUUUCCCAAUUUGGCUGAACCACACAAUGCACACAUUCGUAUUCGUAUUCACCUGCUUAGAAAUGGUCACCGCUUACCGACCAUAUCCAUCCCGUAUUUUCGGAAUGACUACACAUAUCUGUCUGCAGUUAUCUUAUUUAAUAUGGAUUCAUAUUGUGUAUAGUCAAUGCCAUAUGUGGGUAUAUCCGAUUCUUACUCAGCUGAACCUGCCAUUGAGAUGCCUUUUCUUCCUGGGCACAUUUGUGUACACAUCUGUCUUAUACAUAGUUGGCGAAUAUUUCAACAAAUUUGUCUGGGGCUAUCAACCUCAAAAGGUUCAAGAAAAACGACAAUAAUAUGAUUUAACUAUACAAACUCAUUGUCGUUGAUCAAAAACACAUUACAUUUAUAAUAUAAUAAAGUUAUAUACUUAUAUAACAAUACCAUUUCACCGUUGUACAUAUUCUUAUCAACGCUUAAUUUGCUUAUAAAUGCAUGCAUUUAAUUUAAUGUUUUGGUUUGACUGAUUUUGUAAUGCA